AUGUCAUUCACACCCCCAACACUACCCCCCAUAUCUACCCUCUCUGCUGCAUUGGAAAACACCAGCAACUCAUCAAUGGUGAUAGCACCCGAAUUGAUGGGCGAAGAGGGCGCAGCACCCAACAUCAAGCGACGUGGAUCUCAAUCCGAACACGAAGGGGACGAGUCGUCUCACGGGAUAAAUAGUAACGGGUAUCAGAGCUCUUCUGCUAGGGAAGAAAGAGCUGGAUGGGGUAAUGGAUCGUAUACUACCGGUAACAGACACCCUCAUCCAUGGGAAGAAGGUUAUCGAGAUGAAGCUCAUCACGAUGCGGAUUACCCAUCACAAACGGCCAUUACUCAAAAUCAGCCUUCCAACGAGGGAGAAAACAAGGACGAAGAAGGUAAUGAAGAUAAAGGUGAUAAACCCAAGCCUCGAAAGAGAGCGAGGGUCAGCAAACCCCGUCAAUCGAAAGAUAACAGAAAUAAUGGAGUGAAAGAUGACGGAAUACCUGAGGAUGGUGUACUGGACUAUGCCGACCCAUCAUGCGAUUUCAAAUUGGGUCCAGUCUACAUUCAUCCUCCAAAGGGUGCGGCACAAGCUUGUGUCAGAUGCCACAAGAUCAAGAGGAAAUGCGAUAAUGCGAAACCAAGGUGUGCAGGAUGUAACAAAGCGGAUGUAGCUUGUGUAUUCGAAUUGAGUCCUGCUACAGCCAGCUAUGUCACGAGCCUAAAAGCCGAUAAUGUAGCAUUGACCUCUCAAAUCGCAUCUGCAGCAGAGAGGAUCCAUCAUUUGGAAUCUGCUAUAUCCAACCUAGAAAGAGGAUUACCGCCACCUCCCGAGAAAGAUAUAUACGAUGAUCAUCAAUUCUCCGACCAAUUAACGACUCAGGCUGAUUUCGCUGCUAUGUCAAAUACCAUCUUAUCGGUUCGAUCCAAUGAUCUUUCCGGUCCGGUCUUCAGUAGUGACACCGCUGCUCUCGAUUCACUCGCAUCUUUACAUAAUGGGAGGACGGACAACACACCGUUUGGUCAAACGCAGUCGCAAUACAAACAAACCCCUUUACCCCCUUACGAUAUUGCCCUUCAAGCUGUGGAAUCCUUCUUUGUCAUGAAUGCUAUUUCGUACCCUUUCUUACAGAGAGAUGAGUUCUCGAAGGACAUGGAUGAGAUUUAUCGUCAAGAUCAGUCGGGAGCCACUAGGAGAGGUAGUACAUAUAGCGCGUCAGGUCAACAACCAGAUCGAGAUGCUGAACAGUGGGCGAGAAAAGAGUUCCUUCUGUUCAUGGUCAUCGCCAUUGGGACGACCAACAAAGAGCGAACUGGCGAGGCUGAAAAAGGCUCUUCGAAGAUAUACAAGGAUAGGGCUUUCUCGAGUUUCCGUGCGGCACUAGGCAAAGAGGAUAUCCUUUGCGUACAAUCCCUCAUCCUACUUGGUAUCUAUGCCAUGUUUGACCCAUCAGGUAUCUCUCUCUGGCACGUUGUCGGUUUCGCCGCUAGAAUCGCUAUCGCCCUGAACUUACAUCGAAGAGUUGAUGAUUCGACUUUAACUGCGAGCGAAGUCGAACAUAGAAAGAGAGUGUUCUAUUCACUGUUUAAUCUGGAUAGAUUGGUGGCUGUGACAUUGUCUAAACCACUUGCAAUUGCUGACAACGACAUAGAUGUUGAUCUACCUUCACCCUUGCCUACCGACGAGUCAUAUCGAGGGCGACCCCGAAUCGACUUCACUCGACAUAUCACCAAGCUCCGUCGAUUGGGAGGUAUAAUACUCUCGACCGUCUACUCAGUAUCUGGUGAACAAAACUCUCAUAAUGAGACUGAACGAUCGAAUAUCAUCCACAACCUGCAUAAGCAGCUUGAUAUCUGGUUGUCUGAAUGUCCUUUAUCGCCUGCCGAUGACGAGAACGACGGUAAUAGCGAUGGUGGAAGUAUGAUCCAUACAUCCUACUCAUGGUUCUUGUUGAAUUACCAGCAAUUACUUUGUUUGUUAUAUCGUCCAUCACCCUUGGUCCCUUCGAUGAACGAGGAGAAGUUGAAGAUCCUCCACGAAUCAAGUUUAAAUUGCGUCGAAUUGUAUCUCAACCUGUACAAAGCGAAUAAAGUCAGUUACAACCUCAUCAACAUAUCCAGCCAAUUCUUAUCGUGUAUAUCGCUCUUAUACUGUCUGUGCGAGUUCGAUUCGAGGAAUAAGAACUUGAUCGAUGAUGCUGGAUGGAAAGCCGAAGUUAAGAAAAGGUUAGAACAAUGUAAUGACUUGUUGGAAAUUUUCAGUAAAUCACUGAAAGAAACUUCCAAAUAUAAUGAGAUCUUCAAGAAAUUAUCGGACUUGUUAUUAGUUAGAUAUGGUCCUUUGACUGAAAGCGAAGUCACCACGACGACAACAACGACGCAAGAAAUGCAGCCUGCGCAAUUGGACUCAACGUCGGCGUUGGCCUCCGCUUCGGCGUCGGACGAAAAUCAAAUAGCUUGGAAUGCUAUGACUCAAUUAUGGUAUAAUUCGGGUGAUUUUACCUUCGACGAGAAUACCUUAUCGAAUUCUUUUGGGUUUGAUAAAGAUAGGGAUUUGGGUAGUGCGAAAGGAUUAUGGGAUCAACUUGGUUAA